AUGGAGUCAAUAUCGAGAAUCUCCGGCCUGCUGGAGGCUGCCAGAGAGCUCACGCUCGAUGCGGCCCAGGCCACGCGCGGCAUGCGGACAAGCUCCAAGCUGCUGGAUCGCAACCAGAUGCGCAAGCUGCUCGACAGCCGCAAUGAGCGAGAGGUGCUGGAGGGGCUGCGGCGUGUCAUCGCGAUGAUGUACCGAAACCACAAAACGCUACCCUUCUUCUCCUCCGUCGUCAAAAACGUCGCCUCGCCGAAUCUCGAAAUCAAGAAGCUCGUCUACAUCUACCUCAUCCGCCAUGCCGAACAGGAGCCCGACCUUGCUCUGCUUUCCAUCAACACAAUCCAAAAGUCGCUCUCGGAUACGAAUCCCCAAGUCCGAGCUCUCGCCCUCAAAACAAUGUCGGGCAUCCGUGUGCCUGUCAUCAGCCAGAUUGUGUCGCUUGCCAUCAAAAAGGGCGUCGCCGACAUGAGCCCUCUGGUGCGCAAAGCCGCCGCUCUUUCGAUUCCCAAAUGCUACAGGCUGGAUCCAAGCCAGUCUCCUCAGCUACUAGAAUACCUGGCUACGCUACUAGGCGACAAGCAAUACUACGUUGCUGGUGCCGCGGUGUCGGCCUUUUUAGAAAUUUGCCCCGAGAGAAUCGAUCUGAUACACAAACAUUACCGCGGACUGGUCAAGAAGAUUGUUGAUAUGGAUGAGUGGAGCCAGCUGGCAACGCUGAAGUUGAUGACGUACUAUGCACGGAAAUGCUUCCCUCGACGCGCUCAGCCAGUUGCCGCAUCUGAUGCCUCCCAAACCCAGACGCAAAGUAGUAAUAUUGACGACUUUUACGCCGAAUCUACUUCAUCAAAGCCUUCAACCCAACCGACAUCACUCGAUCCUGAUCUGGCUUUGUUGUUGAACGGUAUCAGGCCUCUGCUGCAGAGUCGAAACUCGGGCGUUGUUGUUGCAGUCACAAGGUGUUAUGUCGACGUUGGAACUCCAGAUCACCUCAAACACGCCAUUGGCCCACUAGUUGCCCUCUUGAGGGGAGCUCAAGACAUUCAACAAAUCGCCCUAUACAACAUUGUUUCGGUUUGUCUCGUGCGGCCACUUGAUUUUGUCAAGUAUGCAAGCCACUUUUUAGUUAGAGCGACAGACAGUGCUCCGAUCUGGGAGCUAAAGCUUGAGGUGUUGACACUCAUCUUCCCGCAUAGCCCAGUCCAUGUCAAGAGCCUCAUUCUAAAGGAACUGGAGCAUUUCUCCCAGGGAUCCAACAAAGCUCUUGUUCUGGAAGCGGUUCGAGCUAUUGGCCGCUGCGCACAAGGCGACGCCACCACUGCUCCCAGAUGCUUGAAAUUACUCUUGAGUCAGAUCACCAGCUUGGACGGAACGCUAGCCGCAGGAUCUUUGACGGUCAUUCGGCACUUGAUUCAACAAGAUGCGGAGGCACACGCCGGGACUGUAGUGCGCCUGGCUAAGAAUCUCGAUUCGGCAACUGACCCUCAAGCGAGAGCAACAAUCAUCUGGCUGGUCGGCGAAUUCUCCGGCCUAAACGGGGAAGAUAAUAUCGCGCCGGACGUUUUCCGUAUUCUCCUUAAAGACUUUGCGAGCGAAUCCGAGGCUGCGAAGCGUCAGAUUCUACUACUAGGUGCAAAGGUCUAUCUUCAUCAUUUGAAUCGUAAGAGCGAGGCGGAGAAGAACAGAGUAGGAGAAGAUGAUGCUCCUAUGGAGGAAGAGAAGCACCCCAUUGAACGACUAUGGGAUUAUGUCCUACUCCUUGUCAGAUACGAUGUGUCGUUUGACCUGAGAGACCGAGCACGCAUGUACCGCGCCGUCCUCGCUGUGCCACAGCUUGCUACCCUGAUGCUGCUCGCACCGAAGCCGGCUCCCCAAGCUCCAAGUCCGUCCGAGUCUCGAAAAGGAUUUUUGCUGGGCUCUUCGACCCUUGUCUUGGCUGGAGGUGGUGGCCUACACGGUUUAAGAGGUUAUGAGACUCUCCCGGACUGGGUUGAACCUGGCAAAGAGCCGGAUCCCCGUCUACGUGAGCCUGAUAGGGAUGCUGCGGCGUCACGCUAUGAUAGUGAUAGGCCUGCGGCAGCGGCAGCUGAUAAGCUGGAUGAGGCCGUUAGGUCGGCACCCGCUGGCAGGUCGAAUGGGUUUGGAGAAAACCUUAGAACGAAGACAUUGGAUGAUUGGCUAGCUGAGGAGGAAGGAGAGGAGGAGGAGGAAGAGACUGAAGAGGAAGAAAGUGAGGAAGAAGAGGGUGAUGAAGAGGAGGACGACGAUGAAGAGGAAGAAGAGGAAGAGGAAAGCGAUGAUGAUGGGGAGGCGGACAGAUUAGUCAAGGCAUGA